AUGCACAAGAAAUCGGCAACGAAAAAGCGAGAGAAAGAAGCGUCGGUGGUCCUGGGCACGAUGACCUUCGGCGGCCAGACCGACGAGGAAACGUCGCUGCAGAUGGUACAGGAGUUCCUCGCUCGUGGCCACCGUGAGCUCGACACGGCGUUCCUGUACCAGAAAGGCCACACCGAAGAGAUUCUUGGCCGCAUUCUGGCCAAGGAGCGGCAAGAGCGCGGCGACAGCGGCAUUGCGCCGUACGUCGCCACGAAGGUCAACCCGUGGGGCUACUCCGGACGGUCUCUCAAGCCGGCCGACGUCAAGAAGCAGGCAAGCCCGCCACUCACACCACGUUUGUUCGCUUGUCCGUUUCUGACGCGUUGCCUCCUCCAGUUCACCACCUCGCUGCAGAGAUUGCAAGUCGACUCAGUAGAUCUGCUGUACCUGCACGGCCCCGACUUCAAGAACCCUAUUGGGAUGAACACCAACCCGUGA